GAACGCACAUCUCAGCCGAUUGUAUUUGCUGCGUUUGCCUKUUUAUGGCCGUCCACACUGAAAAUGUUGCUUCUAAGUUAGCAUCAAUGAUAUGAAAUGGCCUUAUUAAGAGAAUUCAUCGGAAUAUUCUGCAGUAAAGGCUCGAGGGUUUCGAGAUCAACCAACAGAACACGGUUGACAAGGCUCAAGUGAAAAACAAUGCUUCGCCGAGUUGUUGUUGAGAACUAUGUCAUCUUCAAGGGAAGACAUGAACUGGAUUUGAGUGGUAAAGAUGGCUGCAAUUUCUUUACUUUUGUUGGAGAAAAUGCCAGUGGUAAAAGUAGUUUAGUAGCACUCAUUAAAGCAGCUUGUAACCUACAAGAGGAGGGUCCUGAUUUYGAAGUACUUGACAAUAACCUUGGUMUUUCCAAAGCCGUUUGUCAGUUUGAUAUCACCAGAGAUGAGCUGGUGAAACUAUGCGAUAACAGCGAAAACACAACCRGUCAGUGUCCAAAACUUUCUGCAGGUUUAAGUUCCUGGUUUUGCGAUGAUCUGAUUAAGAUCCCUGAACCUGUUUUAGAAACAAUAAAAAACAUUUGCACUGCUGCAGSCUCGCAGCUCCAAGUCCUGGUUGGCCAUAGGCAUCAGCCAAUGAGAGCCACGUUUUCUCAAGCUUUUGAUGAUGUUGAUGCAAACAGUCUUUGCAAUUCUCAAUUUUUGUACAUCAUCUUGGAUACUGGUAUAUUUGUUGUCACUAAAUCAGGGGGGUCACUCACUACAGGAUUUCACGAGCCACUUCCAGGGGGAGUUAAUCCAAUGGAUUGGGUUCCACAGCAUUCUUUUCUUCUCAAUAUCAAGACCAUUCCAUAUGAAAGUUUCUCUCGAAGCAGCUCAAGCAGUAGCCUGGACUCAACUCUUCAAAGUUACUAUGACAACAUGAUGACUUCCAAAAAUGUUGCCAUGGUAAAUGAUGSUACUAUGGCAACCUUUGACCAAUCGCAACUUGAAAAUGAAGUUGAUGGCAGCACWAUGAGUWUAAUUCACAAUGACAUUUCCAAGGCAUUCAGUGAUUUAGAUCCCCAGGGUAUCCCYCUUAGAACCAGCUCCAAAGGGAUCCAUCGUCGUGAAUUCAAGAGACUGUCCAGCUUUGGAGGGCUGGCAUGGUCAAACUAUCAUGAACUGAAAAAGAUGAUAGUGACYGAUCUUCUACRCGGGUUUCCCAAGGAAAGUCUACCAGACAUCCAUCCCCUAUUCCAUGAAAUAGUCGGAACUAAAUCGCUUUUCUUUGAYAUCAACUUAAAGUCGUCAUCGCGUGAAUCGUUCCAAGUGAUGGACAGUAAGACAGGACGCCCAAUGCGYCGUAUCCCAGAAGGUGUCUUCUCGGCRUUCAUCAUAGCUGCSUUGAUAGUUAAUCCMMAAUCCCGCAACGUAAUUCUCGACGAGCCAACRCGUGGUAUGCACCCACUUCAAACCCGUCGCUUGCGUAAUAUCCUAAUGCGUGAAUCCGUAAGGAGACGCAAGUGUAUCAUUGCCGUUUCGCAUUCCCCUGAACUACUAGAUGUUGAUAGGAUAACGCUGAUUUUACGUUUUCAGUUGUUACCCAGUGGAUAUUGUCAAAUACGUAGGGUGACAUCAAGGUACAGCGAGCGAGAGCUGUUGUUUAUUGGUGGUUCUGAAGUACGAGAAAUCUUUUUUUCAAGGCAUAUUAUUUGGGUSGAAGGAGAAAGYGAUAAACGUUUYAUCGAUGCUUUGUUAGGAUUGUUUGACGAUGGGAAUGGCGAUCUYUGGAAGGCGCUCUUAGAGCGCAAUCACAAGACACUGGUUGUUCAUGAGGAAACGGACKAUGGUGACUCGUCUGGGACAAGAAGCCCUUCUCCAGGACCUUUUYCCAAGUACAUGUCUUACAUCGAGACWGCUUUCCUAGACACUGCAUAUCAAAGGCAGUACUUCACCGAAGAACAACUCAGUCACGUUCAAGAAGCCGUGCGAAAYUGCAAAGUUUUGUCCAUUGGSGGUAAAAAGAACAUAUGGAAAGGUGCGGCAAUUUGUCGAGAUUUGAGAAUUCCUUUUGCUGUCAUUUGCGAUUUGGAUGCAAUUAUYCCAAACUCGCGAGAAAACUCCGUCUUGUCCCAGUUCGAGAAGUGUGCUGGUAACUGGAAUACCGCCAAAAUCCCCUUKGCAAAGACGAGGCUUCUGGAUGACGAAGAAAGYCCAGCCAGUAAAGCAAUCGAUGAAAUGGACAGAGAUCGCAUCUCGAAACUCAGGUCAUUGCGAUAUGUCGGCGAUGUUAUGCGAUUYUACGAAAGRGAGUUGUACUUUUUCACGUGGUGGCUGAUGGGUGGAGAGAUCGAGGACGCCGUGCGUCUGACGAGAACGCAUUUUGGAAAGAAACUCUGGCCUGAUAUGCUGACAGCCGAGCUGAAAGAGCUUAUUGUGUCAUUGCUUGAUCCGAGAAAKCUUCUUCUGAAAGAUCCUAAGUCGAAGGAAGCUUCAAAAGGCCCCAAUUURGAGGUGUUGCGUUGUAUUUACUUCAUUAUAAGGUUUUUCAAAGAGACUCUCCAUGAUAUGGAAUAGUAGUGUAGACCUUAAAAUAUGCUGAAGUCAUCCUUACAACAUGGCUACAAAUGUAGUAGGCUAUUAUUCAUGACUUGAAUCCUUAUGAUACAGUUGUAUCCAUGAUGUAGGGAUAACGUGGUAGACAGGGUGCAUGCAAGCAGUUUUUAUCAGCCUUAACAGCGACAUCCCACAACGACGGUCCACUUGAUAUAUUUAUGUUGAAUACUUAUUUCAACUCAUAUUCCGAUUURUCCAAUUCAGUAUUUCUUUUCAGUUCUAGAAAAUGAAUUUACUUCAGCAAUGAAUAUGUACUAGCUACUAGUUAAAUGGUACACAAUAUUACUAAUGAGUUUAGAGCGUCUUUUCGCAAACUUCUUUCUUGGUUCAGUAAGAAUUACCACGAUAAUCUUUGUAAAAAUCAAUGCCGCUAUGAAAAUCCAGAGUAAAGUUGAUCUAGUCUGCAGCAACAUGAAUUCAUAACGAUUCAGGCGUCUGUAUGAGAUGCUCCACUAGUGUCGGAUCACUAUGGCAAUCAGAACGAAUGAAAACACAUUUACACGAUUAAUAAAUAUUUUCAAAUCAUUAAUAUACAUAUAUUUUUAAUGCAAUUGUAUUUUAGUAUAAAAUAAAUAUAAAACGAGAUUU